AACAACACCAAGUUUCCUCUGUCAGCGCUCACCAUCCCAUCAGAGUCUGACAAACCUGCUGUGACUUUGAAGCAGGUUUUAUCGUCAUACACAUCCUGAAGACACAGUAUGCGUGAUCCUGGGCCUCUUAUCUAAUCGGGAUUUUGGGCUCACCCGCCGCAUGUUUCGUUACCAGCGAAUUUACGCCCUGAUCUUUCAUUAACUAUCACAGCGCCUCUCGUUCACCCCAAAACGCGCUAUUCCGCGUUCGAUUUUCAGUUAGAACAGUGAUCCGUGUUCUCACCGGACGACUUCACUCACAAUGUCCGGCAACUUCGAUUUUCCCACUGCCUCUGAUGGCAAUAAUCGGCCGGAAACCCCCGCUGAUCGAACACAGUAUCGCAUGCGUCUAAACACACGACUCCAGCAUUUGCAAGGCCUACUUGAUGCUCGAAUGUCCCGCUGGAGCGAUCCCGUCCGCGAAUACACCUAUAACGUUCUUCGGCGUGAAUUACAAGUCUUAGAUGACAGGGUUGAUCGUCGUUCAGAGGUUGAUACCGAGGACACGGAAGAACGAAUUGCACUUCAGAGUGCUAUAGAGCCAGACCGACGCUCCCCUAUAACCGGGCAACGACGUCCACGGAUUGAUAUAGUAGAUCGCCUAAGCAUGCUAAUGGGCGCGACGGAUGCCGAUAGCCGGGGAAACUCGUACCACGGCGAACUAGAUAACCUUAGACGAGCCGCGGCGCGUAUUUCGGGGCCAGAACUCUCUAUAGGGUCUAGUUUUGACAACACUAUUUCGCCAGCUAGACUUUCAACCAUGGCUGCCAGGGACUGUCCCACUGAAGGCCAUGGCGAUCGAUGGAGACCUAAACGACGUAAACUAGACUCCAAUGAUGAGCGGGAGGGAAUCCGUGGGUUUAGAUACGGGCACUACGGUGAAGUUGUUCCCGGUGCUUUGGAGAUGGAGAUUGUCAGCUGUGACGGAGGAACGUACGAAGCGAAUGGGGAAAAUUCAUCUCCAGAAAAUGUUCUGCUCAAUGACUCCUCGGUAUACUGCACGAGAAGCGACCGCUGCAACUUGAUUCUUCGCCAUCAAGGGGAGACCCCAUUUUGUUUAAGGAAGAUUGUCAUUAAGGCUCCCAAAUCGGGGUUUGAUGCUCCUAUCCAAGAAGGGAUGAUUUUUGUCUCCAUGACGUUGGAUGAACUCCUGGAGCGCACCGCCCAGUAUCAAAUCGUUUACUCCCCAUCACCCCUCCGACCUCGUCGGCGACGACAUCUGAGGGGUAAUUUUUCCCAUCGAUAUCUUUCUUCAACAAGAUCACCGUUACGAUCUCUGGAAAGGACCACAUUAGGAGGGCCAGGAAACUGGUCCGACUCUGAGAAUGAGCCCACGCCUCCGCCGUCCUUCGAUUCUGGACCUAUUGUUUAUCGCAGCUCCUCCUCUGAUUUCCGUAUUACAACCCAUUUUGAUGAUAAGUCCGAUGAUGAUAUCAAUGACGAAUAUCCUGAAGAGAUCCCUUCGUCAACCGACAUUGACAGAAUGCUCAUGGAACAAAUCGAAUCUGAAAUGCGUUGUCCUGAUUUAGACGUUGAUAGCGAUGAGACUUCUGGGUGGAUCAGUGGCUCGCUAAUUCGAGAACAACGUCGAUUUCGACGUCGAAUGAGGCAGGCUAUUAGUGAUGUAGAUGCAACCGGCACGCUUAAUAGCAGGGGUAGACGGCGGCUAGUCCCUAGUCUAAUUGAACCUUCAUCAACACUCCGGAACAGAGACACCUUGACUAGUGGGAGCAAGCCAGCCGCUUCUGAUCCGGAAGUCAUGAAACCGCAUGCACGUUUCUUUAUUGAGAAGGAGAAGAGUAUGGUUAGCAUCAAGUUUGACCCAUCUGUAUCCGGAAAAUUCAUUCUCAUCAAGCUGUGGAGUCCAUUUAGCGGAGGUAAUAUCGACAUUCAAAGUGUAGUUGCCCACGGCUUUGCCGGCCCCAGAUUUUUCCCUUCUAUGAAAUUCAGAUAGCUAGAUCUUCCUGUCUCUUCUCAUCCACCCCUUUUCCUUGUACGCCCAUUUGUUUUCCGCCUCAUUAUUUCUUUUCUUCAUCUUGGUAUCGCCCCAAUUAUCGGUAUUACUGUUUAAUUGGGUAUAGGAGUCCCGACGAGUGUGCUUUAUUUUGCUAUAUGUUGAUAACACAAUCAUACCGAUUGUACGGCAGUUGAAGUCGCUCUAAUCCCGAUCCUAACAUCGGGAGACGCUUUUUGUGGCGUUGAUUAGCCGCAGCUGGAUCGUUUAAAUCUUGGCGUGUGUACAGGGAUAAUUUUAAGCAUAAAACCUUGUUUACGCCUCCGUAAUACUCGACGUUCAGUGUGAUGAAGGCGUAUCCAAACCCAUUAUUUUGUAGUCUUUAUUAAUAAUUAUUAAUUACAAUGUGUUGGCCCUCUCAGAAGUUGGAAGGAUCAUAACCCCACAGUUUUCCUCCCCCAGUUACAUCCUGGACAGGAAAAUUCUCCACAUUUUCUCGUACACGUUUUUCUUCUCAGGUCAGGCCAGGGGCCAGGAUUCCACCGGCUGAUGUUGUCGGCAGGGACCUAGAAGUACCCGCCUUCCUGCCUGGUCGGCGAAGGAAGGGCCAGCAAAAGGGAAAAUAAUAUGUCCCAAGGUUCUGGGUGUUUGGCGGCUGGGUUGCGCGAAAUCUAAAACGCCGCUCUUUCUAGAUUCAUGACGUCUUUAAUGUAUGUACUGUAC